AUGUCAUUUUUGGGAUUAUUUAACAGGUCGUUCCUCGGAACUUUUAACUUGAUGCAAUCGGUAAUUGGUCGAGAGGCACAUGUUUUCAAUAGGGCUAUACUUAAAAGCAAGGUCCGCUGCCACUUCCCAAAGCCUCGAGAAGUUAAACGGAUAAAUGUUCAUGGAUGGCACCAACGCAUGUCGACACCAGAAGGACGGCGUGUGCUAAUGCGCCGAAUACUCAAAGGAAGACAUAUACUGUCUCAUUAAAUGUUCAUUAUGAAUUUAAAGUAGAAUUCAAAUACAUUCAAUUGUUACAGUUCA